AUGAGGUGCUGGAUGGAAAGUUGUGAAGCAAUCCCGAACGUAUUUUGUGAUUGUACUGAAGAAGGAGUGCUGGUUUGCAUAGAUCACCUACUAGAUCAUAUGUGUGUGCAAGGCGUAGAACAUAAGUAUGAGCCUCUUGAUGUGAUCCAUAACAUCAAAGCAAGAAAGUUAGCCGAAAAACAGCUUGUAGCAAGAAUUGCUGAAUUAAUAAGGAAAAAGUCAGAACUAGUAGAAAAUGCUUCUGACUCCACUUUGGGUUUAAAAUUUUUGUUUCUUUUGUCAUUAACUGAAAUAGCUUGCAAUGCGUAUUUUUGAUUUUUAUAUAGGAUAUUUUAAUUAAUUUGUGAUCUUGGAUGGAUAGAAUCUGGUAUCCUCAUAAUAACCACUGAGAGAUUCAGUUAAAUGCAGAUUUAUUUAUCUUUUUAGCAUUAAUUAUCUGCUAAAUUAAUUAAAAUCGAAAAUAAUAAUAUUGCUUUUUUUCAGGAUAAAAAAUACAUUUUUUUAAAAAAUAUUUUUUUUGAUUUAUUUGUUAUUAAAUAGCUGGGAGAUAUGCAUAAAUGGCCUGUGACAAGCGACCUAACCUCUCCUGUCGGAUGUUCUUAUGCAUAUCUGGAUGUGUUUUUAGUGUAAAGAGCUAUCCAAAGGUCGGAAUAGCCUCGGAGCAAUAAGUACAGCACUAUUUUCCCUUUAUUAGUAGUCUGGCUCGAUAGGGCAGUUUUUUGCUUUUUUUUUUUGCCAGCAGCGCUGAGGCCCAGGUUUGAAUGCCGAUAGAGGCAGGGCGACUUACCUGCCUAGACUACUUCGUGGCCUGUCCCGAAUUACAUAAGUGGUUGAGCUUUCCUUUGGCUGUAAAUCAGGGAAAAAAGGGAAGGCAGGCUAGACAAGACUCUUAGGGGCUAGAGUCUCUCCAGUUAAAAAGGGUCCCGUGAAAGGGGUGACCUGGCCUAAGUUAAGCAGGGCUGGGUAAGCUGAUUGCUUGGAUUGGAAUAGAGGUUCCGGCAAAGUCCAUGUGACUCUGAUCAUGGAGGGAAAAUGCCUCUACCGAGAAACCGGUGUUUCAGCCCAGGGUCAAGUUAAACGUUCAACGCCCACUGCUCAUGCUGUGGAAUGCACGGUGCUCAGAAAAAUACACAUCUUAAUCAUCUAAUCUAAAUAGCUAGAGUAAAGAAAUUCAAGAGCAGGCCCUAAAUCUAAACCAACAAGCAGAAGAAGCAGGAGUUGCAAUGAAUAUUCAGCCAGAAAACUCACAAGGCGAGUCAAGUGCAUAA